UUGUGUGCUUACAUGCAGAGUGCAGACCACUUGUGCUGAGCAGAACUUAAUGAACGGCAGGUAGCCAGGGACAAUGUCCCAGCAGUGCUGCAUGGAUCCCAGCAAUAACUAUAUUAGUCAGCUAAAUGAGUCAACAACAUGUUAUCUGCUGAUAACCAUUUCAUUACAUAUUGAAAGGCAAGGGAAAAGCUAUUUCCCAUAGAGUCCUCCAGCUAAGGCCAGUGCUCCCCUGAAGAAUGAGAUUGUUAAGGAGCUCUAGACAUCUGAAAUGUACAAAUUUACAAAGGAUAUAAAAUGAAAACUCUUGAGCAUUAAUCACAGCUGAUGCCAGUUCCAGCCAUCUAAUGAGGACCCUAUGUAAACCUAAUAAUCUCUUUUAUUGAGGAUGAGAUAACGAUGCUUGUAGAUUACGUGAAUUGCACUUCCUAUUAUGAAAACCCCUCAUCAUACACGACAGCUGGAACUGCCAUCAACGGCACAACAGAUAACUCAGAAUGUCUCUCACAGUCUAUCCUAGUCAUGCGGAUGUUUUUAAUUCCUGUAGUGGUCUGCAGCAUUGUUACUCUUUUGGUCAACCCCCUGGUUCUCGUUACUAUCUUAAUGAAGGACAAACUAAGGAAGGAGACAAGGUACAAUCUCCUGGCCAAUGUGAUGAUCUCAGACCUCAUCUUUCUUAUAUUUAACAGUCUCAUUUCUACUUGUAACGCCAUCCGCUGGUACAUUCACCGGAUUCUGUGCUUCACCAUGACUGUCUUCUCAUUUGCAGCCUAUACCAGCUGUGUUUUGACAUUUACUGUUAUGGUAAUUGACACCUACAUUGCUAUCUGUUUCCCUCUACAUUACCACUCUCUCCUGUCUGUCCAACGCACCAGAAAAAUAUUAUCAGCAAUUUGGAUUUUUUCAGUUGUUUUCCCCAUAGCUGUGUUUGUACUCUCUGAAUCAUUUAACACAGAUGUACACGAACGACAAAAUGUUUGCCUCUUGCUAUACUAUGGGCCUCAAGAUAAUAGGAAUAACAGAGUUACCAUAGUCUGCUCAUUUGCCAUAAUUUUCUUGAUGAUUUGUUCUGUUAUGAUCACUUACUUUUACGUUAGGUUAUACACAAUGACGCGCCACUCAGGUAUAUGGGCUAGCCGAUUCUCAAGAGCUCGAAUUACCCUUCUAACGCAUUCCAUUUUGCUGUGUUUGUAUAUUAUACCUGCUUUUAUAUUGACUACGGAAGUCAUAAUGUUUAAAAACAAUGUGAUUGGAAUGGAUGUAAGGUUGUGGAUAUCUGCCAGUAACAGUUGUGUGAUAAUGUUGAUGCCGCGGGCACUAUCGCCUUUAUUGUAUGGACUCAGGUACCGUGAGAUAUAUGCCUCAUUAAAACUCUGGUUUUCGCAAAAUAAAGUAAGCUUUACUGGUACAGAUGGAUACAGAUAAUAUACAAACUCACAAAAUUGUUAGCACUUGAAAUUUGCUUAGUAUUUGUAAUUUAUUAUGUAUGUGUUGUUGCAUUUUUGUUCAAUGAAAUAAACUAUCCUUUAUUUGAGAAAAAUAUUGUAUAUUGUUAUUGUUAUUUAGUAAGG